AUGCCAAUUGAAGUGAACACACCUGAUAAAUUGGAAUACCAAUUCUUUACGGCCAGCGCUGGUGUCUUUACCUUCAAGGUGCGUUCGGCCAAGGAUGCUCACUUGGCGCUCACCUCUGGCCCCCAGGUCAGCCCGCCCAUUUACGAGAUCUUCUUGGGCGGCUGGGAGAAUAGCAAGUCCGUCAUUCGCAAAGAUGGCCAAAAGCCCGAGGUUGCCGAGGUGCCAACUCCUGGCAUCUUGGACGCUGGCGAAUUCCGCGGCUUCUGGGUGCGUUGGUAUGACAACGUCAUCACCGUUGGACACGAGGGCGAUGCUGCGGCAUUCUUGUCCUACGAUGCCGGCUCCCUGUUUCCAGUGAACUUUGUUGGCAUUUGCACAGGCUGGGGUGCCAGUGGUACCUGGCUGAUAGACGAAGCCGCACCCUCGGCACCGGUCUUAGGCUUCACACAGCCCACUUGCAGCGGCCCUGGUUGCUGGGUGGCAGCCGCCAAUGGCGAAGUGCCACCAAAUGCUCUGCAAGGUGGCUUCGAUAGCAGCGAGCAGCUGUACAUAGCGCGCGCCCGCCACGAGGGCGAUCUCAUUCCCGGCAAGCUGCAUCCAUCCCAUGGCGUGACCUACAUCGCCUGGGGCGGCGGCGAGCAUGGCCACAAUGAGUACGAGGUGCUCUGCGCCGCCGGCGGCAAUUGGCUGCCCGUCGAAGCCGGCAACAUUCCACCCAAUGCCUUCCCAGCCGGCGAGACAUCCGAGGGCGAGCCCCUCUUCAUCGGCCGCGCUACCCACGACGGCACCGUCACAGUGGGCAAGGUGCAGCCGUCGCACGGCUGCUGCUACAUACCCUAUGGCGGCGAGGAGUUAGCCUACAAGGAGUUCGAAAUCUACGUCGCCAACUAGAUGGGCAACCGAUCCCAACUAUAUAAUAGUCACACACCCCGGUAGACGCCUCGAGACGCACGCACUGAAAUCGGCUAAAGCAACGCCUGGCAGCUGAAUAUACUUGGUUUUAUAUUUAUUUCUUGUCAAACGUAUUUCUGUAUUGUUAAUGAAUCUCGAAUUCUCACUUUUUUUAUUGUAAC